AUUUUACUCCUGCGUUUAUACAUUUUUUUUAUAAAAAAAAAAUACUUUAUAUUUAACGUUUUGUUAAACAAAUGUAGGUAUAACUUUAUGUACAGUUAAUAACAUUAAAAAUUAUUUUCAUUAUCUCGUAGAAUUUUCGAUUAAAAGUUGGUCGAAAGUAAAAAAAAUGCUAUAUCCUUGAACAUAUAUUCUAAAACCUGUUGUAUUGUAAUAUAAAUAUAAUUGUUAAAGACUUCUUUAAGUUAUUUAUUAUUGUAAUCAUACUGCCAGCGUCAUUUGUGUAACGGACACUUUGAAUUAAAUUGUUAAUUUUGGUGGUUUGGCAAUUUUUUUCGCCAAAUGAGAUCGUAUAGCUUUGAUCUCGAAAGUAUGCGACAAUAAUAUGUAGUAAUAUUGUUCAACAUGGUCGAUGAAAAUAAUUCUAUAUUAACACCAAAAAAUACUGGCUAAAAUCUGCACACUGUUGUUUUCGGGCGACUUUCACCUGGCAACAAUCAUUCGUCUAAUUUUCGUGAAACUUGUUAAACCAUUUUGCCACAACUUAAUUUUUUCCCAUUACGACACAAUGUUUUAUCAAAACACGAAAUUUACUUUUUUUAUUGUAAACAAAAAUAUCAGUAGUGCGUUUCUGUAACUUUUCGUUAUGCAUAAUAACGAACGAUAUAUCGAAUUCACUAGUAUAACGAAGUGUAGUGUUUCUGUAAGUCUGGUGAAAAGCAUUUUCGUUAUUUCUUUCGUUAUGAUAUUCGUUAUCAUAUCAUUAAAAAAAUUGCAGUGAUAUUUUGCGCCAAAAUAAAGAUGAGCGAGGUAAGCUGGAAAAAUUUUGAUGUUUUGUUUAUGUUUAUAUUUUUUAUAUUAUUUACAGAAAAAAGUAAGAAGUGGAAAAGUUACCAAACAACAAAAACAAAAAUUUCUAGAUUUAAUGAAAAAUCAUAGAAAUGUUGGUACCGGACAAUUUGGUGGCACAAACAGCGGCAAAGCUGCCAAUGCUGUAUCGGCAACUCUCACAGCGGAAUUGAAUGCAUGCGGAGGAGCAUGUAAAAACGUUGAGCAGUGGAAAAAGUGCUGGGCAGACUGGAAGUCAGGCGUAAAGAAGCAGCAGGCCGCAAUUAUGCGUUUCCAGAACGCUACUGGAAAUCGUCCUGCCUCUGAAGGUCCAGCGCCGCUAGAUGGUAUGGACCUGCAAGUGUUAGACUUUUUCCCAACUGCACUUGUUGAUGGCGAUGGCGUUACUAAGGAGUCGGGGUUUCAAGAGGUAAUAUCUUCGUAUAACAAAAAAAAAUAUUGAGUUUUAAUCACAAAGUUUCAUAUUUAGAUGAAUGAUAGUGAAGAUGAAGAAUUGCAGAAAUCACUUCAUGACGUGUUGGAUACACCUCAAAAAACCGUAAAUGCUGCACUGCCAUCAACCAAACCCAAUACAGUGCCAUCGCCCACACCAGACAGAAUGCGACAGACUG